UGUAAUGUGCACGGAAAUUCUGUCUCGUAACCUUUCAACACAGAACUCGGUGGCGAAGUGUGGGUCACGUGUGUUACAAGCACUCGACUCGACUCCGCGCGUUCCCCACCGCUGGUGUAACCGCCGGCAUCGCGGCCUACCUUCUGUCUCUCCUUCAUCCGCCUUCUGCCACCUGGCGACGGAACCAGCAAUGGCGAACCACCAGGAGAGAGAAACCUGGCAUGUCAUCUCUACCUCUUCUCAUCGUCGAUGUUUCUACCCUGGAGCACCACCCGCAUGCUGGAGAGCGGAGCCGCCACGAGUUGUAUGUUCAAAAACUUACUUCUCUCUUUUUUUUUUUCUUUCUUUCAUUUCGCGGGAGGAGUCACAGCGCGGCAACCGCCAUCCAGGCCCCUGACUGGCCGCAGCAGUCAAGCGUCUUUGGAAACCUGGAUUGUUUUCUAUCGUGUCUCGGGGCCUUGAGAAAAGGUUGUUGGAGGGGGAGGGAGAGAAAAGCUUUGCGUGGGAGUGGACCAGAUGGAGGGGUAGGAACACAAGCGCGCGCGCGCGCGUGAGGAUGGGUGGGUGGAUGAGUGGGUGGCUGGGGUGAGGUGUAAAACAGAAGGCAGAGUUUGCCGGUUGUGGCGGCGUCAGUGGUGCUGGUGGUGGUGAUGGUGGAGGCGAAUCUCUGACCUCACUCCGAUAGUGCCUACAGCCGGCCAGCGAGCCGGUACUGACGCGCUGGCUCCUCGUGUGGUGGCGGCGGUGUGUGAUGACUUCUUGUUUGCGUCCACCAUGUACGGCUCCUGUUCACCACCACCACAACCACCCAUCCCCGCCCACCCGACACCACCAACACCAUCAUCACUACCACCACUACCACCACCACCGCCACCACCACCUAGCCAGCAGCUCCGAGCCUCCGCUAGCCCCAGGGCCGGCAUCUGACAUAAAACCCUCUACGCAAGCUGAGGUCUGGACACUUCCAUUCCGACACGGCCACCCGCCCCGAGCAAUAAAAGACGACCGUAGAGUCAGCACAAGUCUUUAAGCCGAAGUUCAAACUCUUCAAGACUGGGUUCGAAACUUCUCUCCGGCUGCUGUGUUUCACAGGAACAUCUCGCUGAUUUCUUGCUGCUAACAGUGAUACGAAAGCUUCUAGACAAACUCUGGACAUUCUUUUUUCUCUUUCAACGAUAUCCGUGCCCGGCUGACAAAUAGUUCCACGGUUCGUCUUUCCCGCUCGUCGCCGUCUACGUCAUCGCCUCUUCCAUUGGCUGAUGGACAGUCAACAUCAAGGGAGCGCAGCUUGAUUACAGAAACUUUGUGAACCAACAUAUUUUGCCGGUGGACUUGUGUACAAUCAACAACAGUGAAAACAAAAAAUCGCUAAAAAACUAUAAAUAGAAAACUGCACCUUGAUAAAUAAUUACUUCGCAGAAAAAGGUUGACAUAUUUCUCUGGGUUUCUUUUUUUUAAUUUUUUUUUUCACGAGACGUGUGGAGACAAACUUAUUAGCCAUUAAUUAUUUUCUCUGUUGCAUCGUGAUCUUCUCUUCCCACGAAAUUACAUCAGUGUUUGGGGUAAUCAUGCAUCUGCAAUUCCCGCUGGCUUGAUAAUUAGGAUUGAUAGGAAAAUCAACAACCGUGAAAUAUAAAUCUCUCCCGUGCAGUGUUUCUGCGGGGAGGACUUCACUGACGGUCCGGAGAGCAAGAAAGCAAUCAAGGGAAGUACUUUGCCUCGUGCCAAAAAGUAGGGCAGACAGUGUAAUGCCCCUUUGCACCUCGUCAGAGCGGCCUUGACAGCAUUCAGCAAGGACAGAGGGAGAGAGAGAAAGAAAGACUCGGGGGGGAGGCCGACCGACCGACACCAAGACUUCAUAUCCCAGAUGAGAACAUCGCACAGCAAGCGUAAUUAAUUUUCACCAGCCUCCCUCCUGCUAUUGAUCGCUGAAGCCCCGGCUCGCCAUUGUCAAGACUGACUGCAGUUGCUGAAGCUUUGAAGAAGUAGAAAGAGGGAGGAGGACCAACCCCCCCGAAAAAAAAAAACCGGGAGAAUAGCUUGUUCCAGACAGGAUUCUGGCAGAAAGUAAACAAUCUAUACAGAGAUUGAACCAGCGUAGAGAAAAAGGAAAAGAAAAACAGAUAAGACAGAAAAGGGGGGUGAGCAGGGUGGGAUUGGGGGGUUUGUCCGUCUGAGAUUAUUCAACAGCAAAUCGUUCCAAGGGAGAGAUAGAGAAAGUGAAUGGGGGAGAAGAAAAAGUUUUGGCGGAGCCAGCUUGCCAUUUUGCUGUAGUCUGCCCGUCGCAAAGGAAACGUCUUACUAUUCGUAGAGAAGUUGUUCGAAGCUCGGUUCCUCCUACUUGUUCCUGUAUCUUCUUGGACCACUCAGCAACUCUAGUCCUGCGUCUGUACUCCAAUUUUGUGUCAACCUUCUUCACGGUAAGACUGUACAGGGAACAAGACUCUCAAAACCUGUCCCGGUUAUUUCUUCUUUUGUCUUACUUUCUGAACAUAGAUUAUUGCCCGGCACUGACCAAGACUUUUUUUUCGCGAUGCUCGGCAAAAAGUGAAAAGAACUGAUUUUCCAUCUUUGUACAUUCCCUCGUUACAUGCCGUCGGUAUACAUAAGUAUAUAUAUAUAUAGUUAAGAGGUGCUAUUUAUUUAACUGCCGUCGGAAGAAGUUGUUCAAGAGACUUCUGCAAUCAGAUGAAGUGCUUCCAAAAAUUUCUGUCGAAGUUUUUACUCGCAGUCUGCGGCUUUGCUUGGAGAAAAGGCCAGUCACCUGUCAGCUCGCGGGCUUCUGUUGCCCAGUCACCUGUCACUAAACUAGUCCUUCACUGGGCUUAGCGAGUCUUAACUUGAGGACGGACCUGAUAAAAACAGUUUCAACAACUGGGGGAGGACCGACCGGCACGCUGCUUAUUAUCACAAGACACAGGAGGCUUUCUACCUUCCACCCUGACCCCUUCACUUUCACCUCUGUGUGUCAAGGCCGCCGACCUGCAAGCCAGCAGUACUCGAUGACAUUAUCCAUUCAUCGCCAAGAAAUGUAAAAAACAAAAUUGACCUACAGGCUGCUGAAACCCGUUGGGAAAACUUCUCUGACAAAUUUAUCUGUUCAUUGAUGGAAAGAAAUAGUGCGAGUUGGUGAAAACAUUUCACGCAACUUCUGUGAGGUUGGUAUUGACUCGGUGAUAGACUACACUCCGUUGUUCCUUCCUUCUGAAACAUAGUUGUACAAGUCUUUACUCACCCGCUCCUUCCUGCAGCAGAUAUUAAUUUAUUCAGGCUGAGGUCUCGUGAGCAGUUUUCAAGCUCGUGAACUCUGGACGGAGAUUUCUGAAGUCGAAGAGAGGGCUAGGGGGAAGAAAGUACUUUCUGCCUGGUGUUUCUGGAACUUUCUUUCUACUUUAGUAGAACAUGCAGUACUGUUGAGUCCUGGGCGCGCGUGUGUGAAGAGAGAGAGAGAGUUUCGAAAUCAAUUCUAUAAGACGCGCAUUGAAAUCGAUUCGGCCUCAUCUCAAGACGGACCAGAAAACCGUGAAGACUUCCGGUGGGAGGCCAGAACUUUCUUUUGGGACGUUUAACAAAGCGUGUUUUCAAGCUUGAUUGAACAAUACUCCCCCUUACCCCACAGCCCACGACCACUACCUCAACCUGGACGUUGUUGUCAUGGAGGACGCCGGUGUUUCCGAGAGAUGUCGCUCGCGCAUGUGCAAGCACCUGGUCCUGCUGUCUCUGACCGCGGUGACAAUGUUGGUGUCCGUGCAACAGGUCGCCUGCAACACGUCCUUCGCGCCAGGUAUGGGCAGCCUGGCCCACAACAAGACUCUGAUGGACGAACUGCACAAAAAGCGCUGGAUCCAGCAGCUAGAAGACUUCCUCUUUCUACCUAAGAAGGAGGGAGGAAAGGAGGAAGAAGGCAAGCGGGAGCACGGCAGGCGGUCAUCGCCUGCCUAUGAGAAGGAGAAGAUCGACGGUGGCGACGACAGCAGAAGCGCUGGUCCCAACGGCGGCAGCUCCGUCACCAACCAACUGAUGAUUCCAAAUACGAACUUCCCCGGUAAAGUCAACCUUCCUUACUUCGUCUUCUCCAAGUCCCCAGGUAAAAACAUUCUUGUGUUUGACCUCCAGCGCCCGGACAGCACGGGCGUGGCCAAGGUGAACCUGUGGGUGUACAUCUGGAACAAGCGCAACAAAAAUAACCGCCAACGGCGCAAAUCCAAGAAGGGGCGGCUCAUCAAGAUCCGGGUCUUCCAGAUCGACGAGCGCAGUCCCAAGGGCAAGCGCAUCGCCGAGCUGAGGAAGCACGUGCAGAGCAGCAACUGGCAUCGUCUCAGUCUCCCCGUGUCGCUCGUGCAGUCCUUGCCAGCCUCCGAGAACGGCACGCUGAAGCUGCGCAUCCGCUGCAAGCGCUGCAACCACCACACGCACCUCGUCAUGCCCAGCGAGACCACGCGCUGCGCCAGUAAUGACGUCAUGCCAAGGGGCGACGAGGUCGACGAGUUCGAGGAGGACGAUGCCGAUCGCCAGCAGAAGCCGCGCGCGCCAACUCCCAAGGGGAGGUCACUGCGGCAGGGCGGCGGGAGGAGGAAAGGUCGAGGGGGCCGACACAGGAGCCUGGAACCCAACAAAAAGUGCAAGCGGCAGUCGUCGGGGGACACCCGCGACAAGUUCCCGUUCAUGGUCAUUGAAGACAAGGACCGGACACCCGAAGAAGGAAGUAGGUACAGGCGGUCAUCAUCGUCGGUAUCCUCUUCUUCAGCAACAUCCUUGUCCGAGAUGGACUCCUCUCCAUCGUCAGCUGCCGUCUCGACGAGCAGCUGCGUGGACGAAUCCAACAACAACUCCCGCAGUUGUUGCGUGCUGUCCAUCCCCGUAGAACCUAGCGAGUACGGGUUAGGGGAGGCAAUCGUGGCUCCCACCACCCUCGUGGUCACCGCUUGCGAUGGGGCAUGUUCCUCCAGGUCCCAGGCCAGCUCCUCACCCAGCUCCACCGCCAGACACAACCGACGAGGUCGGAGAGGAGAGGGCAGCCGCGGCCGGCGCGGCAAGAACCGCAAGACCACCACCUGCCAACCCACAGACUCGCAGCCGCUGGACGUCUGGUUCUUUGACCACAAUCACAACCUCGUGCAGGCCUCUCUUCCGAACAUGAUCGUCAGCCAAUGCGGCUGCCGCCGAAACUCGUGAACCCUCCCUUCCCCCUCCCUGACUGAUCGCAUCAGAACACAGUACCCUUUUUGGACAAUGAACUGACGGGUACACCAUCUCACCGACAUCCAUCCAGAAACUCGAUGUCCUGAUUACAGAAUGCAUUGACGUUCGUAGAGGUGUUGCAUUUCGCCAAUUCCUCCCAAUCAUCCUCAGACACAGACCUGCAGGUAAUUUAUUUCCAGGUGAAGGACCUUGAGUACUGCUAACUCUUAAUGACAUCUCAUCUCAGUGAGAGAGUUGGUGAUCAAGGACCUCUGUUGUUGAUGUUUUCAGAAGGACGAUGUGAAUCGUGAGUCCAGACCCAAUCAACGUAAAUCCAAAAUGUCUGAUGUACUUUGACUGGACGGGUAUACUAGUUUCUAAAUGAAAGGCUUUAAGGGACAUUGUUGGGAACUCUUUUUUUUCAAUCUGCAUUGUCGGUGAUAAAGACAAUAGAGACUCGUUCUCUUCUACACAAUCAUACACAUCUUCCAGUCAACUCUAGAACAAAAUCAUCCUUAUCUCAAAAUGUUUUUUUUUUUAAUUUAUCCACGGAGUAUUCCAGCUUGUUCAACGGUUCUACAGUUUGAGUCGGUGAAAAACCCUAAAACUUUUGUAGUCCCGUAUGAACUUCAACCACAAAAGCAUCAUUUCGUGCAAAAAGCAUUCACUUUUUCUAAAAUUGUGUUGUUGUUUUUUUUCUUCAUCAACAAUUGUUCAGUCCCCAGAAGGAUCAAAGCUCGCCCCUGAAUCAUUGUAAAUUUGACUGUAACAAAACCAAAGUAAAUUAUUGUUAUUGAUUGUAAGCUAAUACUUGAUGGUAUUGUUCGCAUAAGCAAACUACUGAAAAUGUGUUUUAUUCUGUUUUGACACGGGUACUCAGCAUUUCUGUUUGUUUCAUCCUGUAUUUUGAUGCUGACAUUUGUUCACAGCCACUUUAUGUACAGUGUUCACAUGUGGUGCGGUGCUUGCCGUGCAGCAUACACCACUGUGGUAGAGAUGUUUCUUUUACUCUUCCUUUAUUUUAUCAUUCUACCUUUAUUGUCUUAUUUUACCCUGGGUUUCCGGACACUACUACAUCAGUACCCCGGAGGUAUAAUCGGUAAAAACAAUCAAGGAUGUUCUUCAUAGUUGGAGUAGUUGAAUGGACUUGUGAUGUUGGGUAUUCCCUCUGACAUUAUUUUCCUGGCGGGAACAAAAAUGGUGACCGGAACAUGUCAGUCGCGUUAUUUAUUAAAGAAAAAAAUUAAUAACAAAAAUCCUCAGAGGGUAACUUAAAAUAUUUUUUGUGCUCGCUUUGGCUUGGUGAUUGAAUAAGUCGCUGCUGCUUCAGAAUUUAGCUGUCCUUCUAUUUAUAACAAGUGAUUGAUGCUGUGUAGGUAAGGUAGUUCAUUACCAUUUUUGUAACAACAAAACAUAGUGAAGUAAUUUAUUUAGUGAAGUAUCAUAAAAUCUGAAAAUUAUUUCUACAAUGAGCUGUGAUGGUUGCCAGAAGUCCUGACGCCCAGUGAAGGACACAAUAUCUCUGAUGACUUCUUUUCGAGAGGAAACAGUGAUGAUGACCCCUGACCGUGACCCUCCCUUGAUCGGUUUGAGCAGUUAGGUUUGAUGUGUUUGUCAGCUGAAAUAAAACCAUUCCUCCAUUUCGUAUCCACAUCUUUCAGGUCACAUUUUCAUAUCGGUUUCGCUGGGAUAUAUUUAUGAAGUGUAAAUAUCUGUACAUCUCACGUCCAACACGGCAAAACAUUCAAAAAUAAAAAUUAUGGGAUGUAAUGACCGUCUUAUGAAAGAUAUAAGAUCCUGUUCAGCUUCUCAUGCAAAAUGUAAUCUUUGAUGCUUUAUUCAUCCCUUUACGAGUUGUCCAUCCAUCGGCUGUUCUAACGUUUGAGGGGUGAAAGGGUCAUCUUGUCCUCUCAGUCCUCACACAAUGGACAUGAUGACACAGAUUCCUUGUCAAUCGAUCUUUCAUUCGUCGGUUCCUGCUCCUUUCUUGUUUUUCCUUUAGUUCUUUCUUCGGAACGCAGUAAGCUUUGUUUGUGAUGUCGAAAUAAAAAAUAAUGUAGACAUAUUCACAAACGGUGACUAUAGGUUUCUUUAGCAAGCGUUUGCUGUAGGUAGUCCUGAGACUUACAUCCUAUGAAGGAUAAGAACUUUCGUCUUCUCUCUCUCUAGCAAACUUACACACACACUCUUUGACAGCUUCUUGUUGGUAACUUCUCUGCGCGUGCAUGGGUGCCCGGAUGAGCACGUGUGUCUGUGUUGGUAUGUGUUUUAUAGUAUACAAGGCCAUGUGACCACUGUUUUCAAAUCACGGAUGUAACUGUGCGACUUUGUUGUUCUCUGCAGGGUGCUGCCUACAACCGUUAUCCGAAACAAAGCCAUGAACUCGUCUACAUUUCUCCUAUUUGUUUCCUGCCGUUCGUAGGUGUCAAGCUAUUUAUUGCCGGAUGUGUUUUUGCAUUUACUGCCGAGUAUUUUUUUAGAAACAUUUGUCUGCAUUUAGCUGUGCAGCUACUCAGGAUUUUGUUUUUGCCAAAACACCAGCUAUUUUCAGUAUUUCCCUCUCUCUCUCUUUCGUGGGAUGGGACACUGCCAAAAGGUACGAAACGCGAACAUCAGUUCACUUGGUGGUCACGUGACAUAUCCCCCCUCUCUGUCUCAUUUAUCUAAAACUGUUGGAUUUACUCUACGCCCCCACUGAAAUGGAAAGUUUAACUAUCUUACUUCUCGCAUUGUCAUAUAAAGCUGAGUGGAACAUGAACAGAUUGACAUCUACCUCUCAAUCCAGAAACGACAACAGCGCAAGAAAAUAAUAAAGAAUGCGACAUUGGCAGUUUACAGUGACAUGUCAUUCUGAGACAGUAUUUCCUGACACUGAUGUUGACAGUUUGGCUUACGAGUAUCAGAUGCUUCAAGUAGAGUCCGGGUCUGUCCAUCAGUGGUCUGUUGGGAACUGGCUUGCUGGUCCAAGCUCUUUGUUUGCGAAAUAAUGUGUUCUUGUCCCUGCUUUCUCUAAUUUAAUUUGCGAUGAAAAGCUACCAGACCUUUCGCGAUGAGACAUUCUUAUCUUUGCCAUAGAAAGCCACAUAAAUAUUAUCUAAGACCGAGGAGGGCGAGAAGGAUAAAUUAAACUGUCCUAACAGUGAAUUUUGUGGUCUUAAAAGACGAUGGUCUGGGUACUGCCAGAUACAAUGUCCGAGUUCUUCCCCACCCCGGUGUACACGACCUUUGACACAAAGCCAAAAUAAAAUCAGACACACGAUUCUAUCUACCUCCUGUCUGACCUGUGAAUGCGGAAUGUACUUUACAAGGUUUGUGUUGCCUCGUCAUUAGUCAAGUGCAGUGACUCAACCACAGUCCGCGCCAUGAAGGUGCGCACGCACUUAACAACCAUUUCCGGCAGUCACGUGCUUCUAAGCACGCGGCAAAUUACGCAGUUGCAUAAGGGAACUCAAUUUCUGCAGCAAAUUUUAUGUAAGAUACACCAAGUCUCGGUACGAAAAGAACUUAGCAGGGGCUGUGUAUCUGAUGAACAGCUUCCAGGUACAAAAUGUCCGCGGCUUGUAACCAACCAUUAAGUUCCUUAUAGUUGCUUUACAUUUAAGUAUUUCUUUUCGGUCAGUAUGUUUUCAAGUAACAUUAUUUCUUCAUCCACUUUGAAUACUUUGGAAGAUUUUAUAGUUGUUAAACGAUUCCCUAUUUCAGACAUCUGGGGUGGGUGUGGAAGGAUGCUCUGUUGGCACGGUGAGUCGAGAGCUAAUGAGGUUUAAUGAUAGGAAGCGAUACUCGAGCUAGUCAAAUAACCUUUACCGUCAAAUCUUAGAAAAAAAAAACUCUGGAUUCUUUUGAGAGUAUGAGAGCCUCUUAAGAAAUUUAUGUACUCACU